UUGUGAGGUAAAAUCCAAUUGUCAUCCUCUACAAUGGAAGAAGAAAUGUAAAUGCAAGUGACCACUCUAUGUUAGGUUAACAUAGUAUGGGCCACUAGUAACAGAUAAAUUGGUUUUCAGAGUGACUGAUGCCUUAUCUUCUGCUGAAAAUAACAUAAAUCUUUGUGGUGAAAUGAGUGGAGUUGUUAAAUAAGUCGUCCUUGGAGCUCUCCAUUGGUGUCACCACCUCUCAGACUCAAACGCAGUCGUAAUCAGGGAAAAUGAUGGCGGUGCAAAGCAAUGUUCAUGUAAUACUCUAUACAAGGUCAUGCUGAUGUCCCGAUCAAAACAGAGGAAGGAGACCACAGGGGAUAGGAGGCGGCGGCGGUGAUGAUGAGGAGAGGAGAUGAAUGGAAUAGUUGAAAAUGAGUUGCGGGUCCAAAAUGAAAACAGAUGGAAAAGAGUUUGGAUUAAUAUGGAUUAAAGAAGUGGAGUGUGUGUGUGUGUGUGUGUGUGUGUGUAACAUGCACACAGUUGUGUCUGACUACUGGCUUCCUCAUUUAGCACUCCUCCUCACUAUAUGAUGAAGAGGGAGAGCAGACUGGAAGUGGAGCAGGAAUGACAAACGUAGAGAGACAGCAGAAGGCAUGAUGGCGUUGCUACAGCAAAUGCGCUCCCCUCCGCUCUCCUUCAUCCAGACUGUUCUGUCUCUCUGCCUGGCUGCCAUGGCGCUCAUGUCCUCCUACUGGUGUGUGGGUAAACAGAAGCUCCCCAAGCCUCUGUGUUCACCCAUCAAGCAUAGCAAAUGUAUCCCAGUUCCCGGCGUGUCCAACUCCUCCCACAUCCAGUUCUCCUGGGAGACGGGAGACGACCGCUUCGUCUUCCCCGUGUUCCACACGGGUCUGUUUAUCACUUGUGAGGAGAACAUCUACACAGAUGAAUGGGAGGAGAAGUGUCGAGGGUUCCACACUUUGACUCCAGGUUCUGAAAAAGCAAUGAUGUGGUUGUCGCUGUCCUUGGAGUUCAUGUACGUGGGUCUGCUGCUCAUCAGCUGCAUACUGCUGUCUGUGCAGUUGUGCAUCAGGGCCUGGUUUCCCUCCACGCAGCGUUGGGGCCAGCUGCUCAACGCGUUUGCUGCGGUCUUCACAGUCCUGGGAGGUCUGCUUGGAAUGGUGGGUCACAUGAUGUUCAUGCAGGUGUUUCAGACUACAGUGUCCAUUGGCCCAGAGGACUUCAAGCCCCACAGUUACGGCUAUUCUUGGGCCUUUUAUAUGGCCUGGUUUGCCUUCACUAUCUGCAUGUCAGCCGGAGUCUCCACCCUGAACAACUACACAAAGAAGGUCCUGAUGGUGGGAGCCCGACUUAACUCCAGCCUCAACCCCUUCAACUUUGUGGGGCUUUUGCCCCCAGCUCCUUACUUCAUUGCACCAAACGCUGGCAUGGUCCACGCUUAUCCCCAGUCCCACGCGCAAAUCUCCCAUUUGUCCCCUUACUACGAGCAGUCAUCAACCAAGUUACCACCGCCCGGUAAGCCUUCCCACUCCAUUCCUCUAUCCCACUCGGUGUCCUUCCCUCCUCCAUCCUCCCACCCUCCGUCCGUGUCCUCUUUUCACCGUUUGUCCCUCCCAUCUCCUUCUCAUUCAACCAGCUCGCCUGUUGUUGUCCACGGACUCCUGACAGGUCACGAGGAGAACAUGGUCCCUCUUUACAUGCCACAGGAGUACUACAGCCCUCUUUGAACUCUUAUGGCGCGAUAGUAGAGUAUAGGUUUCUCCUCGGUGCAGUUCAUUUGGUCAGGUGUGAGCACAGUAACAGAACUCAGGUGCAGACCAAAUAAAUCAGCAGCCUGGUUACGGUUCAAAAGAAAAGUGCAGAUCCAAUCCUGUAUCUUGUUAGACUAUCCAUAUAUCCAUUUUCUUUACCGCUUGUUGAGGCUCACGGGGAGCUGGAGCCUAUCGCAGCUGAUUUCAGGCAAAAGGUAGACUACACCCUGCAAUGGUCACGAGUCAAUCACAGGUGAUAUACAGAGACAGACAACCAUUUAAACUACCACUCACACCAUCACUGAGUUGAAACUGAACUCAUGGUGCCUGUAGCCAAGUCAGGUGAUUGGGACCAGAGAAAGCACAUAGCUGUGAAAGCAUUUAAUAUCCACUUGGGUGCAACGGAAGUACUGUUGAUGACAGGAUGCAGCUGCCCAAAAGAGUUGACUCAAGAAAAGUUGGUAUCAUAAUGGAAAUGUGGUGUAAGAUUAUUCGCUAUUACAACCCCAAUUCCAAUGAAGUUGGGACGUUGUGUUAAACAUAAAUAAAAACAGAAUACAAUGAUUUGCAAAUCAUGCUCACCCUAUAUUUAAUUGAAUACACUACAAAGACAAGAUAUUUAAUGUUUAACUUUAUUGUUUUUAGCAAAUAAUCAUAAACUUUGAAUUUUAUGGCUGCAACACGUUCCAAAAAAGCUGGGACAGGGUCAUGGUUACCACUGUGUUACAUCACCUUUUCUUUUAACAACAUUCAAUAAACGUUUGGGAACUGAGGACACUAAUUGUUGAAGCUUUGUAGAUGGAAUUCUUUCCCAUUCUUGCUUGAUGUACAGCUUGGAUGGCAGCAUAUGUUUCUCCAAAACCUGUACGUACCUUUCAACAUUAAUGGUGCCUUCACAGAUGUGUAAAUUACCCAUGCCAUUGGCCCUAACACAGCCCCAUACCAUCACAGAUGCUGGCUUUUGAACUUUGCGUCCAUAAAAGUCCGGAUGGUUCUUUUCCUCUUUGGCCCGGAGGACACGACGUCCACAAUUUCCAAAAAUAAUUUAAAAUGUGGACUCGUCGGACCACAGAACACUUUUCCACUUUGCAUCAGUCCAUCUUAGAUAAGCUCGGGCCCAGAGAAGCCGGCGGUGUUUCUGGGUGUUGUUGAUAAAUGGCUUUUGCUUUGCAUAGUAGAGUUUUAAGUUGCACUUACGGAUGUAGCGCCGAACUGUAUUUACUGACAUUGGUUUUCUGAAGUGUUCCUCAGCCCAUGUGGUGAUAUCCUUUACACAUUGAUGUCGGUUUUUGAUGCAGUGCCGCCUGAGGGAUCGAAGGUAACGGGCAUUCAAUGUUGGUUUUCGGCCUUGCCGCUUACGUGCAGUUAUUUCUCCAGAUUCUCUGAACCUUUUGAUGAUAUUAUGGACCGUCGAUGAUGAAAUCCCUAAAUUCCUUGCAAUUGUACGUUGAGGAACAUUGUCCUUAAACUGUUCGACUAUUUUCUCACGCACUUGUUCACAAAGAGGUGAACCUCGCCCCAUCUUUGCUUGUGAAUGACUGAGCAAUUCAGGGAAGCUCCUUUUAUACCCAAUCAUGGCACCCACCUGUUCCAAAUUAGCCUGUUGACCUGUGGGAUGUUCCAAACAGGUGUUUGAUGAGCAUUCCUCAACUUUCUCAGUCUUCUUUUGCCACCUGUCCCAGCUUUUUUGGAACGUGU